UGUUGAUCCGCUUAUCGGUCUGCCGUGAGUUUGAAACAAUGGAGACAAAAACAAAACAGCCUUAAAAAAUGACAUACAGGUAUUUGGAAACCUUAACGAUAUUCAAGAAAAGAAUUACACAAGGAUUAAAGAGAAUGUGAAUUCAGAUUUCUGCUGGCGAGAGAGAAUUCAGCGUUAGUGCACAGCCUAUGCACAAUGGAAGGACACCAGCUAGGAAGAUUGAUCAAACAGGGUCCAAAGAGUGGAUCUUCUAGAACUAAAAGAGUGGCAAUGGUACAGAGCAAUCUGGGCUUUCCUGCUGAUAAUGUGGAUGAGCUCCUGGGGUUUCUUUCAGAGUCUCGCUGGGAACAGCAGUCUAACCUGGAGUAUUCACCUUGUAAACUGAAGCUUGAUAGCAUCAAAUGUAAGAGCACCAGCUCAGCCAUUGCCUCUGACCUGAUACUAAAGCAGAGGAAUUUGAACAGCCGUGCUGAAAUGCCGCUGCAUUAUCCCCAGGGCACAGGAGGGAGCAAGACUCCAAAAAAGCCUUAUCAAGACAACGUACGCAAUGCAAGCUGCAUCAGGGUAAGACAAAAUGCCGGUCGUCAGCGCCUUGAAGGAUUUACAUCUGCCGCUCGUUUUUGUGAAUCUGAUGCUGGUACAUAUCGGUUUCAUAAUCAAGCUAGUGUUCCGAGGACAUCAAGGAAACACGUCUUGCAAGAGGUGGAUCAGGAACCUGCUUUUCAAAAGAGCGGUGUGCAAGUUCAGAGGAAUUUACAAAGCCGCAAAGCACUGGAAAGGUCACAGCCCAGUCACAUUAGUGAUGCUACACUCUGCUCCAGUUUCUAUAAAUCUUCAAGCCAGAAAGAGCCACAUGGUGGUGGUGGUGGUAUUAACGAUCUGCAGUUCCCUCUUACUCUGGAUGAUUUAGCUCCAAUUUGUCAUUUGUCAACAGAAGAACGGUCCACCACACUGCAAGCUAUAAUUGAGUCAUCUUGGACUUCUGCAAGCUUACACAGGUCAAUGAUGGACUUUAGAGAUCAGGAUUACCAACCGGAAUCUGAGUGUGCAGGGCCACAAUCAUCUGGUUCUUUCAGAGUGUUUCCUUCCUGUCAAACUACCAGUUCUUUAUUGGAUCCGGGUGCUAUUAGGAACACAUGGCAAAGCGAAAAUAAUGAAAGUUACACAGCCCAGAUAUCCUGCUCUGUUGUCCACCAUCUAGGGGAAGGAGAAGGACAUUAUCCAGCAAGUAAGCUAGCUACCAGUUUGGGGAGAGGCAUGUGUGUAAAAAGGGAUGCCUGUAUUACCGAACCUUUGCACCCGCAUAGCAGAUUUGUGAACUUUGAUCAGUCUUUUCCGUCUGAUUCAGAAUCCUGUGCAGAACGGUUCAAUUUCCCAGACAGUACUGUUGCUGUGUCCCUAGUAGCAUCAAUAGAACCCCUCCAAAGUCAGAAAAAAUGUAUUAUUAAUCCACAUGGACGAAAUGCAGAACGAUAUUUUGAUAAUGAUCCUGGGGUUAUUGAUUUAUUGGCUGCUCAAGGAGCAAGUAGGUCAGAAAACACAGUUUUUCCAAAAGGACCCCAAAGUUUUAAUACCACUGCACCAGAUGCAUGUUUAAGAAGGCAUGCAGAUUCUCUUCCCUCGUCAUCCUUAAUACAGCAUCACCGGGUAACUAUGGAGGAGUUAAGGGGCACAAAACUUUCUUUAGAUCCAGAUAUAUUCAAUUGUAGAUCAGCUAUGGAAAACUCUGAUCUUUGUAAUAUAAAGAGAAGUAACGAAAUAGAGAAACUCAACACUGAUAUAUGUGAGGAGUCUCAAUUGAAGGGUCAAUUAAGGCCAGAACGAGAGACGAGAGACAAAAUACAGUCUUCUGCGGCAGGAAAAGAUCCGGAGAGACAAAGCAGGAAUGACAGACGGGUUGUUGUCGAGCAGGAUCAAAGGGCUUCAGGCUCUUCAUUAAUCAGCUCGCAAGCGUUUGAAGAAAGUUACGGUUUCAGCAGAGAUGACAACGGAGCUGAGAGAAGGAGUGAAGGCGGUAUGGAGAGAAGUGUUGGGUCAGUAGCUCAGGAGCCCUUGAAGUCUUCCGAUCCAUCAGUGAUACAUUGCCUUGAUCCUGUUGAAAGAACAGAAGAAAGCUUGAUGAAAGUACACAGACACAGACUUCUUGCCAAAUGUUUUAAUGCUUGGAACAGCUUUGUCAGAUUGAAAAACGCUGCAGGCAGACUUGUGCAUGAAGGACAGGUACUGCAUAAGGGGCUGGUUGCCUUGAACUGGGCAGUGGCAGUGCGACACAUGCAGGCUGACACAAUUGCAGCUAGGAGGAAGACUAGAAUGUUAUCUCAGGUCUUUAAACAGUGGAAAGCUGCAUUCGCUCACAGACAGAAGCUUGUGGAAAGUACAUGUGAUUGUGAUUUGGGUCUGGAGGCUCUGAGGAGACGCCUGAUUCAGCCGAGUGAUCAGCUCGUUCUGAGGACUGCGUACUGUGUGUGGAGGAGACAGGUCACAGGCUCACGAAUACACAGGGCUGCUCAAAUACACUACAAUCUGACGCUGUUGUGGAGGCACUGGUUAGUGUGGAGGCAGCUCAGGAUAAGGAGGAAUGCACAAAGGCAACAGACCUUGGCCCUCGUUUACAUGGAAAGCAGUCUGAAAAGAAAGGCCUUUACAGUCUGGACAGCGAUGAUGUACAAAAACUGCCUUGCCCACAGUCAUUAUAGGUCCCACACAUUGUCUACUGUGUUUAGAGUGUGGAGGGUGCAACUGCUCUACGUUCAAGCUGAGAGGUCCAAACAAGACCGGCUGAGCCGUGAGUUUCAGAACACAACGCUGCUCAAACAGAGUUUUCAACACUGGAGAAUUAAACUCGCAGUCCAUCACAUGCAGCUAAGAAGACAACAGAGAAUAACCAGGAUAACAGCUCAUCGCUGGCUCCAGACUGUACAGCAGAGGAAACUUGAGGAUCUACGCUUGAGAGCAAACCAGCUGCAGAAUAGGAUGAGACUAGCAGCUGCCUUUAGGACAUGGUGUGAACUAAAGGCUGCUGCAGAGACUGAACAAGCAGGAGAGGAGGAAGGGCGCCAUCUACUGGGCAAGAAAAAGAUGCAGGUUGUGUUUACAACCUGGCACCUGUGCUGUCAGGAAAGACAGAGACUACAGCCACUGCGACUGCAGAUACAAAGAAGACAAUUGUCAGGUUGUUUUGAGGCAUGGCGCAGGUUGGUGCUUCAGAAGUCGCUGUCCCGCUCUCGUGUGGAUGAACUUCAGAGGCAGACAGUGAGGCAGUGCUUCCAGCACUGGAGGAGGCUGCUGCAACUCCACUGGCAGCACAAGACGUUCCUCACGCGUGUGCUUGAAGACAGGCGACAGCGGGCCAGGGAAACAUGGAAAGAAUGUGAGAAGAAUCAAGAUGACUGCUGGGCAGUGGGGCUUCAUCAAAGGCGUGCUUGCCGUGGAGUGGAUGAGUUAUCUGAAGAUUUAGUACUUCAAAGAGCCCUUCUGAAAUGGAAAGGGGAAUGCUGUAAACUGCAGCUGGCCAGCUCGUUUUUCAGGGCUCGAGAAAAACACAGACUGCGGCAGAUCUUGAGUGGGUGGCACAGAUGGGCAGAGCAGUCUUUAGAGGGCAAAGUCCAGAGGUUUGGUGCCAGACUGGAGCAGGACCUGAGCAGAACAGUGGCAUUGCCGUUCAUAGAGGAGUCCUCAAUAUCUUCAGGUUUCCACAGCAACUCCCCCGUCUGUCUCUCCCUAGACGUAUCUUGCAGUUCUGCGGAACAGGCGGACCAGGAGGUAAGUUAUGAGCGCACAGAUUUAAAGGCUUGCCGGAUCGUAUCCAGAGGAGAUGUUAUGAAAAGGGAGCCUCAGGUUGACCUGUCAGAGAGAUCCCUGGAGCAGGAGGAGUGUGAACCCCCUCUGCGGACUUCCUCUCCCCUGCACAGUCCCCAGCAUGGGAUGGAAAUUGCAGACGGGUUGAACCAGGCUGUUGACGUCUGCUCAUUUUCGCAGUCAGAACAAAGCGCAAUGACUCUUUACCACAGCAGACACCAGAGAUUAAAGGGCCUGUGUCAUUGUGCUGUCGUCAGGAUGAUGCACCCAUCGCUCAGUGUCUCUUUCUACCAGUGGAUGGAGUACGUGGUGAUGCGCCAAGCAGAGAGGCUUCUGAUUGGAGACUUUAAGGAACGCAAGAACCAGUCUGUGAUGAUCUGGGCAUUUGAGACCUGGAAUGAAAAAAAGAGAUCAAUAGUCAAAGCUAGGAAGCACCAGGAUACUGUGCUACAGGUUCAUGUUAUUGCUGUUUGGAAAAGUUUUGUGUCGGCGCAAAGAAGCAAAGAAGGACUACUGAAACAGGCAACUCGGUUCCGAAACUUCCACUUGUUAAACAUGAGCUUCAGAACAUGGGAAGAGCAGAAGAAGAACUUGAAAGUGAUCCGUCUCCGUGCCUCAGAGCUGUACAGGACGGAGAGAAUGGGGGAUUGGCUACAGAGGAAACUGGAGAGACGAAGAGUACAGCAAGGCUUUGCACUCUGGGCAGCACAAGCAUGGCAGGCACACAACGUGAAGCUGUACCACAGGAACGCCCAGUUAACAAGAGUGCUUGUAGCUUGGCGUGAAGUGACCAGGGCUGCGCUGUUACACAAAGACAAGGUGGUCUUGUUUCAGACACACACAGAACGAAGGCUUCUCGCCUCGUGCUUUACUCAGUGGAUCACAAACCUCCAGAUUGCACAGCAAAGGCAAAUUGCUCUGGAGCGUAGUAUAAUCAAGCAGCAGAACGUUCAGAGAGCAACUGUGAUGCAGAGGUGGAAACUGGCCACAAGGGGGAGCCAAGCGCACAGAAUACACAACACGGCUUUGCUGAAACAGGCGUUUGAUCAGUGGAAGGAAGCGGCAGAGGCUGCCAGGAUUGCUGAACAGCGUUCAAGGGAAAAGGAGAAGAGAAGAUUGAAGCUGUUUUAUAGUUCCUGGUCAAUCUGGGUUAAAGAAAAUAAAGAACAAAGAUUGAAGAGUGAAGUCUGGAGAUUUCACUGGCAGAAGAGGAGGAUGCACCAUGCCUUCCAUCAGUGGAUUACAGCACAAAACAACCAAGCAGAAGCAGACACACUCUACCAAACACACCUCUUGCAGAGGCCCUUUCUCAAAUGGAUGACUGUGGUUCAGGAGCAAAAGCAGUUUUCCAUUGUGGCGGUCCGUAGAAUCGGCACCUUGCAAGUGAAGGCAGCGUUUAAUACCUGGAGAUCACGUCUGGAGAUGCAUCAGGCCCUGGACUCCCACCUUCAGAAAGCAAGACAGAGGACUCUGAGGACUGCAGUGAGAUCCUGGCAUCAUCAGGUUCUGUCAAGUCAAUGUCGCACCAGGUACCUUUGCAAGAAGUAUUACUGUCGCUGGACUCAGGUAGUCUCCCUAGGCACGCAAAGGGAUUCUGAGGGUGUACUGCACACUCGAACCGAGGAGAAAUGCAGGCGUGAACUGGGUGAAAAGUACUUGAAGAAGUGGCGCUGUGCAGUUCUCCUAAAGCGGUUUCAGAGGACGCAGAGGAGUCAGCGGACAGAACGGACCUGGGAUCAGUGGAGAAGCCUGACUGGAGCAGUGCAGUUCAUCAACAACAUGUGUGAGCGCAGGCCGCUGGAGAAAGCUUGGAUGAGAUGGAGAAAGAGGCGCAUACAGGCGAAGGUGUCCCAAGCCUUUUCAGCUCAGCAACACAGGGCCCUGUUAUCUGAAGUCUUCACAGCUUGGCGUCAAGUGGCCCUUUCCCAAAAGGAAGACAGAGGAAGGGUAACAUGAGCCUGUGAUCACCUCAGGGGGAGGGUGCCAGAGCUACAAAGCUAGGCAUAAAGACCUUGAUGCACAGACAAUCUACACGUCACAAAGCCAUAUAUGAACUGUUUACACUCGUGCUAUUCCUAUCUGCAGUGGACUGUUCGGUGGCAUGUUGCUCUUGUGAAGCUGAUUACAUAAGAACAUUGAUUCCCAAGAUUACAAAACGAAUGGGAAAGCAGCCGACUCCCCUUUCACCUGCAGCACGUAUUGAAAGUGUUUGUUUCCAACCUGGCAGCAUCUGUUGGAUUAAGAACUCUGUGACUCCUUGCCUGGUAUUCCUGGCUUGAAGUUAGAGCAAGAACAGGCUUUGGGAGCGUGAGGGGACAACAGCAUUAAGCUCACACUGCUGCUUAAAUUGCUGGUAUUGAACAAUUUAGAAGUCUUUUUUUUUUCUCUCAAGCACAUAACAGUAACAGUAUAUAUGUAUAUACUGUACAAAAUAUUUAUAUUAUGUUUUUAAGUCUUUAUUUUGUAUUUUAAAUAGCUAAAAACAAAGCUUUUUAUUUAAAACAGAAUCUUUUCUUACAAAUAAAGUUGCAUUCUGACUU